AAACUCGUAUUGUAAUUAUUAAACAUAUGUCGCACGUGCCAAGUCGGGUAAAUUAAGUGAGUUUCGUACUUUUGUGAGAACGUUGCAAUGCUGAAUGCUUUUAAGCUUCGUAAUCGUAGUUUUUGUAGCUCAUUACGUUCCAUAGAUUUUCGAACGAUUAUGGCUGGAACGUAUUUAUCUAAUGCAGAAAAACUACAAAAUGAAGGCCUUAAUAUUGAAAGUAUGAACCCCAGAGUCAAACAAGUAGAAUAUGCAGUUAGAGGACCUAUUGUAAUUAAAGCAGCAGAGUUGGAUAAAGAGCUCAAAGAGGGGAAAAAACAUCCAUUUGAAAAAAUCAUCAAAGCAAAUAUUGGCGAUUGCCAUGCCAUGGGACAAAAGCCAAUUACUUUCAUUCGACAGCUUCUUGCAGCAUGUUCAUAUCCUCCAUUGAUAAAAGAAAAUAUUUUUCCUUCUGAUGUAAAUUCGAGGGCUAAAGAAAUCUUAAGUACUAUCAAUGAGAGUACUGGUUGCUAUAGUGAUUCUGCUGGAUUAGCUGUUGUUCGAAAAGAUAUUGCUAAGUUUAUCAGUAAUCGUGAUGGUUAUCCUUGCAAUUCAGAACAUUUAAUUAUUACAAAUGGUGCCAGUACCGCUGUCAAACUCAUCUUAGAGUUAUUUGUGCGUGAAAAUGAAAAUAUUGGCAUCAUGAUACCGAUUCCUCAAUAUCCACUUUACUCAGCUACAAUUGAUGAAUUUGGUUUAAAGCAAGUAGGAUAUUAUUUAAAUGAAGAAAAAAACUGGUCACUGGAUAUAUCAGAAUUAAAACGUUCUUUGGAUGAUGCAAGAAAAACAUGCUCUGUAAAAUGUCUUUGUGUAAUAAAUCCUGGUAAUCCAACUGGACAAGUACUUUCUUAUCAAAACAUUCAAGAGAUAAUCAAGUUUGCAAUAGAAGAAGGUUUAUUUAUUAUUGCUGAUGAAGUUUAUCAAGAUAAUGUUUAUGCUGAAGAAUGUACCUUUUAUUCUUUUAAAAAGGUAAUGAAAGAGAUGGGAUCUGUUGCUAAGGAUUUGCAGUUAGCAUCCAUGCAUUCUUGCUCUAAAGGUUUCUUGGGAGAAUGCGGACUGAGAGGCGGGUAUGUUGAAGUUGUUGGUAUUAGUAAUGAAGUUCGUUAUCAUUUAAAUAAGUUACAAUCUGCUCAACUGGGCUCAAAUGUAACCGGACAGUUAGUUUUGGAUUGUCUCGUUAACCCACCCAAGAUAGGUGAACCUUCGUAUGACUUGUUUGUUCAAGAAAAAUUCAGCGUUUUGUCCUCUCUGAAGAAACGAGCUCGAUUGGUGUACGAAACUUUAAACAAAAUAGAAGGAGUUACCUGCAACGAAGUUCAGGGGGCUAUGUACGCUUUUCCUCAAAUACAUCUGCCUCAAAAAGCUAUUGAUCACGCAAAGUCACUAGAUCAAGCUGCUGAUUUCUUUUACUGCAUGCAAUUUCUUGAACAAACAGGAAUAUGCGUAGUACCAGGUAGUGGUUUCCGUCAAAAGGAAGGAACCUAUCAUUUUCGUUUGACUAUUCUUCCGCCAGAAGAUCAAUUAAAAGUUUUUUUGGAAAAGUUCAAAGAAUUUCAUAUUAAAUUUUUAGAAAUUUACAAAUAAUUUAUUUUAAACCCUAAAACAGAUGACUAUAA